GGCACUGGCGUGAGGUGGGCACGUGGUAAGAUGUGCACUGAUGUGGCAAACUGGCGAGGAGUACUCUCGUGUUUUCAGCAGGGGUUAAAGCAGAUAGUCCCCCUAGAAUCCGACGGCAAUGCAGGUCGAGGAACCCAAUGUGGAAGAUAACCAGAUUCCUGACAAUGAAAACACCCAAGAGAGAAGGUUGCGUUACACACUGACGAAACCUCCUGCACUGUCCAUCACCAUUACCGCAGCCCUGCAGCACAUAUUGAUGUGUCUUCCGGCGUCGCUGGCAAUACCUUUCAUUGUUGCUGAUGGGAUCUGCGCCGAGUAUGACAGCCCGAUAAGAACAACUCUGUUCUCGUCGUCGCUCUUCAUGUGUGGUGUGUGCACAAUACUUCAGACCGCAAUCGGCGUAAGAUUGCCUAUUCUACAAGGCCCAUCGUCCGUGUUCCUGCCAGUUAUACUUGCAGUUCAAAAGAGCGACAGUUGGAAGUGUGUAGAUAGUGCUUACGCAAAUGUAUCAACGUAUGAAAACACUACAACACCAAUGAAUGUAUCAUCUACGACUGCCAGUCCUGUCCUUUUGACCCAGGAAGAAAAACUUCAACAGCUCUCCGGCAGCAUCAUGGCGGCGUCUCUUGUAGAGAUGCUGAUUGGUGGAACUGGGUUGGUAGGGCGUCUCCUCCGCUUUGUUGGACCAAUCACAGUCGCCCCUACUAUUGCACUCAUCGGACUUUCUCUGUAUAAAAUACCAAUACGAUAUUCCAAAUCCUCUUGGGAGCUAUCCUUGACGGGUGCGUGUUUGGUUGUGCUGUUUUCAUUGUACUUAGGCCACGUGAAGAUACCUCUACCAACUCGGACAUGCUGUAAGCCUAAAGGCAAUAGCAACACGAAGGUCUCAGGAGUGCGCCUGUUUCAGCUGCUACCAGUCUUGAUGAGUAUACUGGUCGUGUGGGCAAUAUCAGGAAUUCUGACAUGCACGAAUGUAUUCCCUUCGGAUCCAGACCAUCCCCGAUUUCGAGCACGUGCAGAUGCUAAAUCAAAACUGAUACACAUGACACCGUGGUUUUAUCUACCGUAUCCAGGUCAGUUUGGAUUGCCCUCCUUCAAUUUAGCACUUUGCAUUGGAUUCAUGGCAACAUUUUUCGCAUCGCUCAUUGAAUCAGUUGGUGAUUACUUUGCUGCUGCUAAGGCUUGUGAGGUAGAUGCCCCUCCUACCAACGCUGUUAACAGAGGCAUCCUGUUGGAAGGGAUCGGAGGGCUGAUAUCUGGUGCUGUGGGAGUCGGUAAUGCAACAACGUCGUUCAGUGCAAACAUUGCCGCGAUGACUCUGACCAAGACCGCCAACCGUUACAUCCUGCUCUGUGCUGGAGUCAUCAUGAUCCUGUUAUCUGUGGUUGGGAAGUUCGGGGCAGUCCUGGCCACCAUCCCCGAUCCAGCACUAGGUGGCGGUCUCGCUGUUAUUUACGGGAUGCUGGUGUCGCUGGGUCUGUCCACUCUGCAGUAUGUCAAUCUCAACUCGCCACGGAACCUUCUCAUACUCGGACUGGCGUUCUUUAUAGGCAUCUUUGUCCCCGAGUGGAUCGACAGGUACCCCGAUAUAAUCAGAACAGGCAGCAGAGAAGCAGAUAGCGUCCUGAAAGUUGCCCUAGGAACACCCAUGUUUCUUGGAGGUGUAAUCGCAAUAUUACUGGACAAUACGACAAGAGGGUCGAGGAAAGACAGAGGAAUAGAUGCCUGGCAGGUCAGAUCAUGUCCGCACAAAGACUCGAGAGACACUGAUGACACCAAUUCUGGAUCUACAACAUACGACUUCAGUUGUACAUCUGUUCUUUAUAAGUAUCUGCCGUGCUGCUCAAAACUACCCUUCAUGCCGGCAUAUGACGAGCAUACUGGGCGGACCGACGACAACUGCAACACUCCGAUGAUUAUCUACGGACACAGUACUUCGCUGUAACGGAAACUUGAAGUCUGUUUUAAACUUAAAGGCAUUUGGCUUAUGGUUACAGGUUUUGGUCAUCUUAGAUGCUUUGAUGUCUUGUUUUGACGGUUUUAGUUGAGUUUCAGAUCCCGUUAUCUUUGUUUUGAAAGAAUGCUUUUCGAAAUAUACUUUUUGGUCUUCAAAUGGAGGAACCAAAUAGACAUUCUCCUCAUACUUGCGAAUAUAUAAUUAUACAUAUAUAUUUACAUAUGAAGUUGGGAAAUCAUGCAUACUUUGAGACAGGGGAUCAAUCAAUCAAUCAAUCAAUCAAUCAAUCUUUAUUCAGAACUGAAGGCCACAGGCCCAUGGUACAAGUUCAACAGCAGAGUGGAUUU